AUAAAUUGAAUUCGUGUAUAAUUUGUAUUCAUGGUUCAUGAUGAUGUCUAGCAUGAAUUUUUCCAGGUGUAGAGAAGAGCGGAGAAUUCAUUGAAGGCCUCCGAUGCAAUGGAGGUGAACAAUAACGAGAAGAGCGGCAAAUACAAUGGCAAAAAUGGAUUUGGCUUUUGAAUAGCAAAACGUGCGUAAAUAAUAAUAAUAAUAAAACAGAAGAAAACCAAAAGGAGUAAUCUGAAGGUGACAGACAGAAAUAGGAUGCAAAUGAUUCUCUCUCUACUGGUUGAUGAAUUGAAGAUUCAGUGUACAGUUUCAAGUAACAAGAUGGUCAAAACAAAAAAAGGCACAAGGUAGGAAAAAACACUUCAUUUUUUAUUGAAAUACCACUUAAGUCCUUAUAUUCAUAGAAGCCCUAGUAAGAAUAGUGUGCAUGAAUACUCUGAAACUCAAGCUCAGAAGAAGCGGGAGGCGCCACGUAUCAAGCAACCGUUUAUAAGUUGUCAGUAUUUAGUUAGUUUUUUGAGAGGAUCGAUAUGGUCUUAUCGCUAACACUUUAACCCCAAAGACGCCGCCUCCAAUAAUAAGUAACCGUUAUCCAACCAAACUUAACACUCUUCACUGACUUAUCCUUCCUGCUUGCCACCUGAGCUUGUGUGCCGACAAACUUGUUUGGCCAAGUGUUGUUUAUGUUGCAAAUUUCUUUGGACACGAUCGAUCUUGUUCUUUUCGCCAUCUAUCACCUCAAACCGAUUUCCAGACACGUUUUCCUUUACUUCACCUUCUAUAAAUACCAUUCUUCCUUUUCUUGAAGGUUGUUCUUAUCACCAUCAAUCAAUUUUAUUCUGCUCUCUAUUCCUGGAUAUUUUAAUACAAUUCAAAAAAAGAAACAAAAAGAACAGGAAAUUAUAAUCAUGUCUAAAUCGAACACGAGUGUUCUUGGCGAAAAAAAACAACGAAAGCCUGCACAGGCUAGCUCAAGAAAAGGGUGCAUGAGAGGUAAAGGAGGCCCGGAAAACGCUCUCUGUACUUUUAAGGGUGUUCGUCAGAGAACUUGGGGCAAAUGGGUUGCUGAGAUUAGAGAACCUAACCGUGGUGCUCGUCUCUGGCUCGGUACCUUUGACACCUCCCAUGAAGCUGCCAUGGCUUAUGAUUCCGCUGCUCAGAAGCUUUAUGGUCCUGAAGCCAAGCUCAACCUUCCGCCAGCUCAUCUCAUGCACUCCGGCAAUAACAGACCGCCGCCUGUUUGUGCAAAUUCCCAAAUGGGAAAUCAAUACCAAGUGCUGCAUAAUUCAGGUGCCACCACUGCCACGUGCUCAUCGAGUAGCCCCAUCACGAGGGCGGAUGACCAUGUAACACCAGCGUACAGCUAUGACUCAGUCGUGGCUUUCUCUAAUGAAAACGUGGAGUUUUGCAAUGAAAAGGUGGCAGAAAGCUGCGAAGCUAAUAGUUACAGUUACGGUCAAAGUCAAAGCAGUGACGGAGCUGGAAUAGAUGAGGUGUGGGGAAAUCUGAAGGUGAAUCUGCCAUUAUUUGAUGAUUCAAUAUGGGCAGAAGCAACAAUGUCAAUCGGUAAUUUUAUUCCAGCCAUGGAAGAAGCUGGAAUUUUCGCCAGCAAUCUCAUGGAUGGAACAAACUGGGACGCGUUGCAGACUCCAUGGUGCAUGUAGAACACCCAGUCUCUAUGUGCUAUAGCCAUUAGCCACCUCGCGUGAUCAGUCACGUGCUUGCUUCUGCUUCUCAGCUUAUACUUUUCUUUUUUUAUAUAUAAACUUGUUUUCUUUCUAAUAAUCUUUACUAUUGGUGGUGAGAAUUAAGAUAAAGCUUUGUAAUGUAUAGAAUCUAGAAGAUGAAAAAAAAUCAAUAAUAUAUAAUGAAAAAGUAGUGUAUUUGUGUAUAAACACACAUUUGUGUUGGCGGCAAGGGGCAUUGACGGUUACUAAA